CUGAGUGACGCGGCGGUGUACGAGUCCCUGGAGUCGGCGGGGGUGUACGGCAGCGUGGGGACCCCGAGUCCUGCGGAGAACCGCUCGCUCCGCUGCAGCUCCGGCUCCACCAGCAGCGUCCAGAGCACCACAGAGGAAGAGCCGCUGUACAGCCGCCUGCAGAGGCCCGACGCCGCCCCCCCCACGGACAGGAAGCUGAGGGUCCGCCCCGUCAGCGAGCUCUUCUCCAGCACCAAGACCAACCUCACCCGCAGCGCCAGCACCCGCAGCUACCUGAGGGGGGGGGGCAGCACGGCGGGGGAGAAGCAGGGAGGGUUCACCCAGAGGAAACCCAAGCAGAAGAGCUUCCGCAGGACACUCCUCAAGUUUAUCCCGGGUCUGAACCGGCCUCUGGAGGAGGAGGAGAGCAAGCUGUGACCCCCCACUGUUUCCAGAUCCUCCGACACCACGUGGUGCAGCAGGUCUGUCCUUCUGAGCCGCCUGACACUGAACCAAAGAGAGGACACUGCAGCUGUACAUACUUGUCCCUUUCCAGAAGAAUAAGGAAUUGCAUUAUGGGUUUCCAGAUCUUUCUACACCAUAAGGAUGCAGCAGGAAGAAUAAACAGUUGCAUUAUGGGACAUGUGUGGACGGUGUUUAGGACUGAAGUCUGUCUCUGCGUCCCCCUGACCCAAAGAGAGGAGAGACCAAAGACUGCAGCUGUACAUAGCUUUUUGUUCUUUAAGUUAUUUAAUUUAUUGUCUUCGUCAUGUACAGAUUUUUUUUACUGCGUCUUUUAUUGUGAGCAGAUUCUACGUUUUUCUAAGAGUUCAAAUCGUCUUUAGAUUCAAUCAUCGUUUCCUGAAAAUAAAAAAAUGUGUCAUUUUCCAGAACGAGCGCUGGUUGUUUUGUGCGGGAGAAGCUGUUUUUGUUGCCACAACAGUUAGUGGGAACCGGCGCUGCCAAACUCUCAAUGUGUUUGUGAUUUCCUCCGACGUGUGUCCUCCUCCAUGUGAGUCCUCUUCUUCUUUUAAAUAUAGCAGCUGCUCACACUCGAGUUCUGGAGGUUAGCGUCUGGUCUCGGCUGCUCGGAGGCUCUUUGUGGUGGAGGUGUGCAGAAAGGAGCCCGUUGUAUCGGCUCUGACACGCAGUAUUGUUUCAGCGCAGAGAGGAAUGUGCCGAGAAAGGCUUGACCCGAAAUACCAAACACGACCGCUCUCUCUUGUGUGUGUGUGUGUGUGUGUGUGUGUGUGUGUUGACCC